AUGACAGGUCCACGCGAUCUUAAUGCACAAAUAGAGAGCCUUGUAAAUCGUCUUCGCCGACGACAAGUCGUAGGCUCCUGGCGUGUCUCUGUUGAAACAGCUGUAUUACUUCGGCAGGUAGUUUCCGCUACUCGGUGGAAUCAGGUUGAAACAUUGAUAAAAGUAGUUAAAGAAGAUGUGGGAAGGAGGUUAGUUAUGGCUCAACCACGAGGAAAUAUUGUUCGCCGCGUAUUACGCUUAAUACGUGAUGUAUAUAACUCUGAGGUUGCCACUUUUGACGAUCUUUCUGCUGAAGAUGAUGAUAAAGACUCAAAUACUGAUGAUGAUGAGAAAGAAGAAGAAAUUAAAUCAAAAUCAUCCCAGAAAAUAAGAACUAUUAGUUUUUACGGUGGAUCAGGUACAGGAACAAACAAUCGUUCUUCCAUGAUAAACUUACUUGGGGAUGGUGGUACCAAAAGGACGUCUAUAGAUGAUGAUCGAAAACCUCCCAAUAUCCUUUUGAUCCGUCAAAUUAUUGAGAUUAUUAUGACUGUUGGUAGAUCAAGAACUGUGGAAAUGUUUUUGAAAACUGCUGCGAAGAAAAGAAAAUUUUCUGUUUUAGUUGCAGAAACAUUCCCAACAUAUCUAGGUCAUGAGAUGGCAUUAUCUUUGUCAGAAGCAGGGAUUGACACAACUGUAAUCUCUGAUUCAGCAAUCUUUGCUGUCAUGUCCAGAGUGAAUAAAGUGAUAAUGGGUACACAUGCAGUGGUGCACAAAUGGUGGCCACGGCUGCUAAGCACCAUUCAAAACCAGUAG